AUGAAGAAAGCAGAUAAGGAAUAUGUUAAUGAAAAAGAUAAUGAAAUUAUAGAAAGGGUUGAAUGGUACCAUGAACGGACAUUGAAGAUUUUAAAAACUAAAGCUGAUACAGGAUGGGUUUCAGGAUGUUUAGACCUUAAAGCGGAUAAAACUUAUGUUAACGAUGAGUUAGAGAAGAAAGCAAAUAAGACUCAUACACAUACAAGUUUUACAACUGUUGCUAUAGAAAGUAUUGAAGGAACGGUUGAAGAAACUGGUGGGGAUGUAUUAUAUUGUAAACCUCCUAACUUUCCACAAGGUUUAACAUCGGAUGACGACAUAACGACGAUGAGAAACAUUAGAUGUAAAGAUGUUUAUGUCAUGAAGGAUGAACAUAAUAUUAAAUUCACUGCUCAAGAUUUAUAUGACAAGAAAGCAGAUAAAACAGAGCUUCAAACAUUAAAGACAGAAAUGCUUCAAACAUUAUAUCCUAUAGGCUCUAUUUAUACGUCAAUGAACUCAACAAAUCCAGAAGUAGUACUUGGUUUUGGAACUUGGACUCAAAUAGUCGACAGGUUUUUGUAUUGUGCAAACUCUUCAAAGGAAACAGGGGGAAGUAAAACGAUUACAGGUGAAAAUUUACCUGCACACAGUCACUACAUAGAUUUAAGUACAUCUCAAGCGGGUUGGCAUAAGCAUAGAUAUUGGGAUUGGUCAGGAAUGACAAAAGGUAAAGGAUAUGAUGUUAAAGACGACGUUAAGUUUGCCAUAAAUUGUUACUGGAGUGACACUCAGGGAGAAGGAAACCAUACACAUCGCGUUUCAGGAUAUACGCAAACAACGGGACAAAGUAAAGACUACAUGCCACCUUACAUGACAGUUUACGCAUGGUAUAGAGUUCAAUGA